AUGGGUCAAUUAACAUAUUUUUUGGGUUUGCAAAUCCAAUACAAGUCCAAUGGUGCUAUGUUUGUUCAUCAGGAGAAGUAUAUUAAGGACUUGAUUCAUAAAGCAGGCAUGGAUAAUUGUAAAUCAUGUGCUACUCCUUGCAAGCCUCAUAGUUCUGUUUUGGUAGCUGAAGGGGAAUUGUUGACAGACCCUACUUUGUACAGAAGCCUUGUUGGAUCAUUGCAAUAUCUAACUUUUACAAGGCCAGAUAUUGCUUUUGCGGUUAAUACUGUGUGUCAAUUUAUGCAUGCUCCUACUGAUGUUCAUCUUGGUUUGGUAAAGCGAAUUAUUCGGUUUUUACAAGGCACAAUGAAAUGUGGAUUGACUUUUACUUCUGGUAGUGGGAUUGAUAUCAGAGGUUAUAGUGACUCUGAUUAG